UAAAUUCCACCUCCCACAGGACAGAAUUCACAUCCAUUGGUCAGGGGCAAAUACCCCUGCUCUCCGUCUCUGAUUACUUUGUGCCAUUUCUCCAAGUGGGAGCCAAAGGAGAUUUUGAAAGAUGAAAAUGUUAGCAAGACUUGUUGUAGGACUCGUCAUCCUUGAUGCUGCUAUGACUGCUCCAACCCCGGAGGACAUCAACUAUGACUCUGAAACCUAUGAUGCCGCGUUGGAUAACUCCUACAGCUAUGAGAACAUUCCCAUCAAGCAAGCAGAGGUUGAAAGAGUGACAGUGAUGCCUUCAGGGAACAGAGAGCUCCUCACCCCAGCCCCACAGUCUGAGGAGGUGCAGGAGGAGGAGGGCGAGGAAUCUACCCCCAGGUUGAUAGAUGGCUCUUCCCCACAGGAACCAGAAUUCACAGGGGUUCUGGGCCCACACACCAAUGAAGACUUCCCAACCUGCCUACUGUGUGCUUGUAUAAGCACGACUGUGUACUGUGAUGAUCAUGAACUCGAUGCUAUUCCCCCACUGCCCAGGAACAUUGCUUAUUUCUACUCUCGCUUUAACAGAAUUAAAAAGAUCAACAGAAAUGACUUUGCAAGCCUAAAUGAUUUGAAAAGGAUUGAUCUGACAUCCAAUUUAAUAUCUGAGAUUGAUGAAGACGCAUUCCGAAAGUUGCCACAACUUCGAGAGCUUAUCCUCCGUGACAACAAAAUAAGGCAGCUCCCAGAGUUGCCAACCACGUUGACAUUUAUUGACAUCAGCAACAACAGACUUGGAAGGAAAGGGAUCAAGCAGGAAGCAUUUAAAGAUAUGUAUGACCUCCACCAUCUCUACCUCACUGAUAACAACUUGGACCACAUUCCUCUGCCACUCCCAGAAAACCUUCGUGCCCUUCACCUUCAGAAUAACAACAUUCUGGAGAUGCAUGAAGAUACUUUCUGCAAUGUUAAAAAUUUGACAUAUAUUCGUAAGGCCCUAGAGGACAUUCGAUUGGAUGGAAACCCUAUUAAUCUCAGCAAAACUCCACAAGCAUACAUGUGUCUACCUCGUUUGCCUAUUGGGAGUCUUGUCUAAUUUCAGAAAAGAUAAUUAGCCUUAUGAGGUCUACCACAUCAAAACGAUUCUUCUUUCCUCAAAAACAAUACUUUAGUGUGGUGACAUUUUCACAUUGUACGCUGAAGCAUGACAUGAUUACACAAAGUACAACUAAAAGUGGUAAGAUAUGAUGAAAAUCUAGUAAUUUAAGAAUACAUCAGAUGAGCUAGUAAUAAACCUACAAAAUAUAUAGAAAGUAUGCUACAGGACAGAACAUAUUUCAUAUUAAUUCUUACAAAUCACUAUAACUUGCAAGUUUUAGGAUUCAUAUGUUAUCUAAUUUCAAAUUAAGUAUAUAAUGAAGAAAACUUUGAAAUUGAGCAGUUAGGUAUUUUUCAAAGAUUUAGAUGUUUGAAUUCAACUUUCCUAAAUUUUUUUCACUAAUGCAUGUUUUUUCCUAUUCAUUAAAGAGCAUGAAGAAAGAAAUAAAUGUUUGAAAAUUAAAAUGGUUUUGUGAGGAUAUAUUUGUGAUACUUGCAACAAUUGUACCCAAAUAACUGUCUACAACAAUACCUUAAAGUCAGCUUUUGAAUGAUAACAUAUUAUCAUGUAAAGCACUGGAAAUUCAUUUUAGAUCUUUGCUAAAUUUAUUAGGUACUUGGUAUGUUUUUGUGCCUGCAGAAAAAUAAAAUGUAGAACUAUCAAAAAUAUGGAUAAUAUGAUAAGCAGACUAGGACAUAAUAAACAUUUUGUUAGAAUAGCUGAUGUACCUAAAAUGUAUGUAGUUAUAAUACCGGCAUCUGGUUAAAAACUGAAAAGCAAGAAGACCUACAAUGAAAGGUGUGUUUCUUUUUAGCCAUGAGAUACCCAGUUUUACUCACUAAAAAUAAUGGUUUCUUGGACACCCUUAUGAAGUUCUCCCUGAAAAACAAAACUUUGCAUUCAUAAUCUCUCCACUUUUACACAAAUACAGAUAUACUUGUGCUACAUUUAUUCAGGUACCACCACAUAACAUUCCAUUACAUGAAUGAAUGUAUAUAUUUUGCAUUUACACCAAAACUAUAAAAAUAUUCUUGCUUGAUGGUGAAUAACUUUGUGUAGUGUGGGAGAGAGCAUCUGUGAAUAAAUUCACAAAACCAGA